GAGCUGGCUAAACUGGCUGCCUCGUCGAGAUGUUGGACACCGUGUGGCCGCCGCUGCUGCUGCUGCUGAUGCUCCUGGGCCAGCAGCUUCACGCCUUCGACUACUGCGAUCCGACCUUGUGUCCAGGACCCGAGAGACAUAUAGCCUGCAACAAUUUCGGGGAGCUGGGCGACACCUGCAGUCCGGAUGCCCAUGUGGUGCGGAUCACGACGGCCCGUCGCACCAUGAUCCUCAACGAGCUGAACGAGUACCGCGAUAGGAUCGCCAGGGGCGAUCUGAUGGGCUUCAGUCCGGCCACCCGGAUGGCCACUUUACAGUGGGAUCAGGAACUGGCCAGCUUCGCCGAGCUCAAUGUGAAGCGGUGUGCCCUGGUCAACGACCACUGCCGGAAUAGCGAGCAGUUCCGGAACGUGGCUCAGGUGGUGGCCGAGGGCGGUUGGCAGGGAGAUCCCCUGCCCCCGGGAAGUCCCCCCAAUGGCAGCCCCAAUCCAGAAACCCCAGUGCCCGUCGAAUACCACACCGAGGACGAGGUGAUCAAGGCCACGCUGGAGCAGAUGUUCGCCGAGUACAAGGAGUGCAGCAUGCGGGAUAUCAUAGCCUAUAGUCCGCCCAGCAACAGAAUCCUCCGCUUGCGCGUCAGCAAGUGCAUAGCCUACUUCACACAGCUCGUCCGGGACAGCACCACGCACGUGGGAUGCGGCAUCCUCCGACAGACCAAGAACACCACCAACGAGGCGGGUCAGUGGCUGCCCAGCGUCCACCAGUACAUGACCUGCAACUUUGUCCGGGCGGACGAUGUCAAUGCCCCCGUCUACCAGAGCGGAGACCGCCCGGCCACCGAGUGCCGCAGCGGACGCAAUCCGGUCUUCAUCAACCUGUGCUCCGUCAACGAGAUCUACGACUCCUCCAACCUGCCGGGCCUCUUCUGAGGUGGCAGGUCCUGCAGUUCCACAGCCAAUUACUAAUUAUAAUAAAAAGAAAAGGAUUCUACU